CGUGCUCUGCACCUUUAUGAAUUAUGACCGCCACCAACUGUUCUCUCUUUUUUCACGUACACCAUUAUACAAGAUAAGUAUCCCUACAUUAAUUGCACACUGUUAUUUUCAGAUAUAUAUAUAUACAUAUACAUAUACAUAUACAUAUACUAUAUGUUUAGAGAGAGAAAGAGUUGACCUUUUAUGUAAACUUGGGUAGCUGUGUAACACAGCCUGUGUUAAUAUUUGCUGGCUUCCCACUCUCUCUUUUCAUUCACAUUCAUUGCGUUUUCUAACUUCACAUACAGUUUCUCUCUUUCUAUAUUUCCUUAAAGAAGCAAAUCAAAACGGCAUGAUCUUUUGUCGUUUUGUAAGCUAAGUGUAUAUUAACUGUCCGACUUCAUCUCAUCUCAUCUCUAUUCUUCUUCUUCUUCACAACAAGACAAAUUAAGUGGAACCAGAAGCAGAAAAAAAUUCCUUUGAUCCACUUUUAGCCAGGUUUCUGAGUCUGUGUUUCUUCCUGGCUACUUUGAUGUUUGCUUCACAGCUUUUGAGGAUUCUCCAGACUUUACCAGCUGAUGCAAACCAUGAAAUCUGAUAACCAUCCUCUGUUUUGUGAUUCAAACCUAGUCUCUGUGCAUGAUUCUAAAACAUUUGAAUGCAACAACAGCGUCCUUGACACAGCUGAAGAGAAGCCUACCAUGAAGGGAAAUCAGAACGGGAUAUUAAGUCAUUCAAAUGGUUACGAGGAGGAAGAUUCUUUAGGUUUUCCAACAAAAGACUUUGCGAAUACAAAUGUCCAUGGUCAUAGCGAAGACCCUUUGGCGCGCGACACUGAAGAUGGGAAUGAAUUCUGGAAAGUUCCUGAACUUGGUGACUCUAUAUUUUUUGAUAACAACAAUGAAAUUAAGGCUUCAAGUGUGAGGGACGAUCAAAAUGCGGACAUGUCGAAAGUAAUCGCUGACAAGAGAGGUGGAAAUCCUUUUGCCUGUGACUUUCCCUUAAGUAAUACAAAUGAAAUUGAUGUUGCAAGUGUGACGGAUGAUCAAAAUGGAGGUUUGUCUAAUAUUAUCCAUAGCAAGAGGGGUGGAAAUCCAUUUGAAUGUGAUACAAAAGAUCGAGAUCAGCCAUGGAAUAUUCCAGAAUAUGAGUGCUCCAUGAUUGUUGAUUUCCUUGAUCACAAAGAAAAUAAAACCAUAGACUCUGAUUCGCCUUUUACCUCUCACUCAGAGUUGUUUGAGAAUAACACAAAUUUAUAUAGCGAUAAAGGUGUCACCGAUCAUGAUCUGCCUGAAUUGACAGUUUGCUACAGAGAGAGUAACUUUAACAUUGUUAAAGAUAUAUGCAUGGAUGAAGGUGUACCUGCAGUGGAUAAAGUUUUAAUUGAAAGCUGGAAAGAUGAUCAACCUAGCACGUCCGUUUCUGUUGGUGCUGAUGAAGACCAGCAGAGCAACACAAGGGAAAGUGUCGAUGAGGGGUCGCUCAGUUCAUCUGUAUUGAAAGAUUCAUCUGUCGAAGACGCCAAGAAUGUCGUUGUGAGUCAUGAUAUAGAACAAGAGCAGGCUACUGUUCCAAAUGGUUUCAAUCCCUCCGCAGAAGAUAAUGCCAACAAAAAUGCUGAUAAGGAUUCUUAUCUUGAGGAUUUGAUGAUGAUUUUUGGUUCAAAAUGUAGUGCAAAUGGAAAAGCUACUAGUGCAACAGAAAAGGCAUCAUCUCCUAAUAACGUGGUUCGUUUGGAGGAGUCCAAAGUUAAUAAUUCUCAAAAAGCUAACUCUGAUGGUGAUCAUUCUGCUCUGCAACCUGAUCAGAUGCCUUCUGAGCAAGCAACUUUGAAAAGCCAGACUGCAGCGGUCUCUGCAGCUGAUGAGACAAACAACAGUGGUCCAGCUUCCAACUUAUUUCACAAUAGCAAGAAGGAAACUGGAGCUAGUAUUUUCGACUUCAACUCGACCAAGCCAGACUCCAACAAAAGCAAGGAAAAAGGUGUUGAAAAUUUGCCUGAAGAUUCUCUCAUGUCAAAGGUCAUCGCCGUUCACAAGGAUGGGAAUUAUGAUGGUCUUUCAGCUGCUAGUCAAGCUCAUAACAGUGUGGACAAUACUGCUGACAUUGUUCACCAAAAAUCCCAAAAUGGGGCUAAUCCUGAAGAUAAACUCUCUGAUAACUUUCCACCAGGUGACCAAGGUCAUUUUGCGGAUGGAGAGGCAAGUUUUUCUGUAAUUCCUGCAUCAGGUUCUAUUUCUUACUCAGGGCCUAUAUCGUAUUCUGGGAGCAUCUCUCUUCGAUCAGACGCCAGCACAACCAGUGCCAGAUCCUUUGCCUUCCCAGUUUUACAAAAUGAAUGGAAUAGCAGUCCAAUAAGAAUGGCAAAGGCAGAAAGGAGGCGUUUACGGAAACAAAAGGGUUGGAGGCAGGGCCUUCUGUGUUGUAGAUUCUAAAUUCUUUUUUAUUUUAUUUAUUCUAUUUAUAAGGAUCUUAGUGCAAAAUAUACAAAAGCUUAAAUCUUGAACAUUUUGAGUACUGUAAGUAUACAUGUUGAUAUUCUCUUAGGGGGUGGCAUGCUAUUCUUGGUAGGUUUUACAUGGCUUUAGAGUUUGUUUUAUUAAACAUGGAGGCUGCAGAUGUAAACUUUUCUUGCAUCUUUAUUUUCCUUAUACAUUCUAUCCUAUACUCAUCUACUGUUCACUUGA